AUGUCGUACCUGAGAGAAGCAACCCUCUGCCACGUGCUUUGCCUGGGCCUGCUCAUCCUUUCGGUGGCCUUGGUGCGAGAAGCAGCCUCUGAAGCGCUCUCCUGUAGCGGACGGUGCUUUGAAGCCUUUGAGAGAGGAAGAGCCUGUGACUGCGAUGCUGAUUGUGAGAGAUACGGCAAGUGCUGCCCUGACUAUGCAAAGCAUUGCAAAGAGGCACAUGCAACACAGCCACCACCCAAGACUUCUCCUCCAGGAAACAAAUCGCCCUCUAAGCGCUCAUCUCAAAAUGAGGAGGAGAAGCCAAAGGAAGUAACACAACCCCCUGAAGUUGUGGAAGAGACAACCCCUGCAGCCAUGACAACGCAACCUCCCACCACCCCUGACAAUGAAGUGACAACCCCUGCAGCCGUGACAGAGCCUCCCACCACCUCUAAAAAAGAAGAAACAAGCCCUGCAGCAACAGAAGCAACAAUAAGCAAGGCAGAUGCUCCCACCACAGCUGAAACUGAGGACACCACUCCCAUGGACCCUGAGGAAGCAACAACUGAAGCAGAAGCUCCAACCAGUCCAGAAAACGAAGACACUACUGCAGCAACCGAGGAGAUAACAACAGAGAAAAACUCUCCCACUGACCUUGAAACAGAAGAGACUACUGCAGCCACUGAAACACCAGCAGCUGAGACAGAUGCUCCUACCACUCCUGAAAACGAAGAGAUGACCCCAGCGGCCACGGAGGUGCCCACGCCCAUGGCCGAAGCCACCACCACCCCUGAAAGUAAAGAGUCCCCCCCAGCACCUACCGAGGCGCCCAUGACCGCGGCCGAAGCCACCACCACCCCUGAAAGUAAAGAGUCCCCCCCAGCACCUACCGAGGCGCCCAUGACCGCGGCCGAAGCCACCACCACCCCUGAAAGUAAAGAGUCCCCCCCAGCACCUACCGAGGCGCCCAUGACCGCGGCCGAAGCCACCACCACCCCUGAAAGUAAAGAGUCCCCCCCAGCACCUACCGAGGCGCCCAUGACCGCGGCCGAAGCCACCACCACCCCUGAAAGUAAAGAGUCCCCCCCAGCACCUACCGAGGCGCCCAUGACCGCGGCCGAAGCCACCACCACCCCUGAAAGUAAAGAGUCCCCCCCAGCACCUACCGAGGCGCCCAUGACCGCGGCCGAAGCCACCACCACCCCUGAAAGUAAAGAGUCCCCCCCAGCACCUACCGAGGCGCCCAUGACCGCGGCCGAAGCCACCACCACCCCUGAAAGUAAAGAGUCCCCCCCAGCACCUACCGAGGCGCCCAUGACCGCGGCCGAAGCCACCACCACCCCUGAAAGUAAAGAGUCCCCCCCAGCACCUACCGAGGCGCCCAUGACCGCGGCCGAAGCCACCACCACCCCUGAAAGUAAAGAGUCCCCCCCAGCACCUACCGAGGCGCCCAUGACCGCGGCCGAAGCCACCACCACCCCUGAAAGUAAAGAGUCCCCCCCAGCACCUACCGAGGCGCCCAUGACCGCGGCCGAAGCCACCACCACCCCUGAAAGUAAAGAGUCCCCCCCAGCACCUACCGAGGCGCCCAUGACCGCGGCCGAAGCCACCACCACCCCUGAAAGUAAAGAGUCCCCCCCAGCACCUACCGAGGCGCCCAUGACCGCGGCCGAAGCCACCACCACCCCUGAAAGUAAAGAGUCCCCCCCAGCACCUACCGAGGCGCCCAUGACCGCGGCCGAAGCCACCACCACCCCUGAAAGUAAAGAGUCCCCCCCAGCACCUACCGAGGCGCCCAUGACCGCGGCCGAAGCCACCACCACCCCUGAAAGUAAAGAGUCCCCCCCAGCACCUACCGAGGCGCCCAUGACCGCGGCCGAAGCCACCACCACCCCUGAAAGUAAAGAGUCCCCCCCAGCACCUACCGAGGCGCCCAUGACCGCGGCCGAAGCCACCACCACCCCUGAAAGUAAAGAGUCCCCCCCAGCACCUACCGAGGCGCCCAUGACCGCGGCCGAAGCCACCACCACCCCUGAAAGUAAAGAGUCCCCCCCAGCACCUACCGAGGCGCCCAUGACCGCGGCCGAAGCCACCACCACCCCUGAAAGUAAAGAGUCCCCCCCAGCACCUACCGAGGCGCCCAUGACCGCGGCCGAAGCCACCACCACCCCUGAAAGUAAAGAGUCCCCCCCAGCACCUACCGAGGCGCCCAUGACCGCGGCCGAAGCCACCACCACCCCUGAAAGUAAAGAGUCCCCCCCAGCACCUACCGAGGCGCCCAUGACCGCGGCCGAAGCCACCACCACCCCUGAAAGUAAAGAGUCCCCCCCAGCACCUACCGAGGCGCCCAUGACCGCGGCCGAAGCCACCACCACCCCUGAAAGUAAAGAGUCCCCCCCAGCACCUACCGAGGCGCCCACGACCAAGGCAGAUGCUCCCACUACCUUUAAAAAUGAGGAGACCACCCCUGCACCCACUAAGGCAACCACCACCUUGGCAAAUGCUCGUACCACUCCAAAAAGCAAGGAGACAACCCCCGCGGCUACUGAGGCACCCACAACCAAAGCUGAUGCUCCCACUACUCCUAAAAGCAAAAAGACCACUCCUCCAGCCACUGAAGCCACUCCAAGACAGGCAGAUUCUCCCACCACCCCUAAACACAAGGAAAUGACCCCUGUACCCACUGAGGUAACUACAACCAAGGCAAAAGAUACGACCCCUUCUAAAAAGAAAGAGACCGCUCCUACCACCACCAAGGCCACCACAACCACCAAGGCCACCACAACCACCAAGGCCACCACAACCACCAAGGCCACCACAGCCCUAAAAAAAGAAGAGACAACUGCACCCACUGAUGCAACCACAACCAAAGCUGGUGCUCCCACUACUCCUAAAAGCAAAAAGACAACUCCUGCAGCCACUAAAGCCACUCCAACCCAGGCAGAUCCCCCCACCACCCCCAAACACAAGGAAAUGACCCCUGCACCCACUGAAAUAACUACAACCAAGGCAAAAAAUACAACUACUCCUAAAAAGACCACCCCUACAACCACCAAAGCAACCACAACCACCAAGGUAACCACAACCACCACCCCAAAAAGAGAAGAGCCAACUUCUGCAGCCACUGACGCAACCACAACAAAGGCAGAUACUCUCACUACCCCUAAAACUAAGGGUACAACUCCUACAACCACCAAAGCAGCUAAAAAGAUUACAACUCCUGCACCUAAAGUUACAACCACCCCAUCUGCAGAAGACAUGACUACAGCAAGACAGAACCAAGUGACAAAAACAGCUAAACCAAUAGUAUCCGAAGAGCCUCUUGUUUUUGAUAAAUCAUAUGAGGAAAGCACAGCAACCACCAUGGCCACAACCUCAGCAGGUAAAGAUACCACCACAAGAGCCAAAGAGACAGUAACAACUACUGCAGACCAAAAAGCCAGUACAACAGCUAAAACAGACAGGACUCCAGUAAGCAAAGAAAUAGCAAGUAAAAAAGAAACCACCACAGUGAAAAAAGAGGUAACCAUCACUACUGAUAAGGAAACCACAACUCUUAUCAAAGGUGCCACCACAGGCACGAAGGAAGGAGCUGAUGGUACCACUAAAGAGGCAACAACAUUUAACCAAAGAGAGGCCACCGCUGAAAAAUCUCCUGCUACCACCACGGCAGAUAGGAAAGUCACAGUAGAGGAAGCAUUGGUCGUUCCCAAAGGGACAACCAAGCCAGUGGUGCCAUCCAGCCCCCAAGCUCUGCCGGUAGCAGAGGAGCCUCAAAGAGACGUAAAGCCUUUGGUACAAGCCGGGGACGUCCUGGCGGGGAUGGGGGGAACACAAGGCAACUGCUUCCCGCUAGGCACCAAGGCACCCGCGGCCCCCCCGGAGAGGCGCCCGGCAAGAGGUCCUGUGGGCAAGCGGCCCGCAAGGCCCUCCCGACCUGUGCCGAGACCCCACCGCGGCCACCCGGCUGCGGCUCCCGGCAUCAUCACUGUCGCAAAUAUAAAAGAGGAAAAGAACCUGUGCAACGGGAAGCCAGCGGACAGCGUGGUGGCUCUGCAGAACGGGACGCUGGCGGUUUUCCGAGGUCACUACUACUUCUCUUGGCUCGGGAACGGCCGGGGGCCCCCCACGACCGAGCCGCGCCGCAUCGUCGACGGCUGGGGCGUCCCCUCGCCCAUCGACACCGUCUUCUCCCGCUGUAACUGCGACGGCAAGACCUUCUUCAUCAAGGGUGCCCUUUACUGGCGCUUCACCAAUGGUGUGAUGGACGCUGGCUACCCCAAGCCCCUGGCCAGAGGCUUUGCCGGGCUAGGCGGGAAGAUCAUCGCAGCCCUGCCCGUGGCCAGGCACCACAACCGCCCCGAGUCCGUGUACUUCAUCAAGAAAGGUGGCAGAAUACAACAAUACAUAUACAAACAAGAACCAGUCAAGGCUUGCAGAAACAAACCCCAGGUUGCCAUAAAAUACCCAGCUUAUGUCCCGACUCUCGUCAUCAGGAGACGUUUCCAACGUGCAGUGAGGCUGCAGGCUUUCCACACCGUCAGAAUCAACCCCCAGCCAGCUGAAGUCUUACGGAAGGAAGUUAAAAUCACUUCCUACUGGAGAGGACUCCCAAAGAUAAUUCACUCAACCCUUUCAGUACCAAACUACAAUAAACCAGAUGGCUAUGACUAUUAUGCCUUCUCCAAUAAUCAGUACUACAGUUUGGAUGUGGCCAGCAAAAUAGCAACGUCGGUUACUUAUCUCACUGGAAAGACUGUAUCCAAGGACUGGUACAACUGUCCUAAGUGAUGCAUACCACAGGAU